CUCCACGUCACUUGGGGGGCGGAACCUGCAGAGUGUACAGUGCAGCUGCUUCAAUCUGACUGUUCGAGCUGAAACCUGGGAGGCCGGGUGGAUUUAGGGAGCAGGUUGGAUCGGAUGCUAUACAGCCAGGUUUGAUUAAGACAUUUGCCAUGGAUCCAGUCUCUGUAUUUCUGUCUGUUGUCGUAUGCAUUUUCCUAUUAAAAGUCUUCUAUGGUGGCAAAAAAGACUCUCAGAACUUCCCUCCUGGGCCCAAGCCAUUGCCGCUCAUUGGAAAUCUGCACAUGAUGAAUAUGGAGAAACCCUAUCUAACAUUUAUGGAGUUGGCUAAGAAGUACGGCUCCGUAUUCAGCGUUCAGCUCGGCACAGAGAAGGUUGUGGUGCUUUGCGGUGCCGACUCAGUGAGAGACGCUCUUAUCAACCACGCCGACGAGUUUUCAGGAAGGCCAGAAGUUGCUAUUUUUGAGGAGAUUUUUAAAGGACAUGGUAUUAUUUUUGCCAACGAUGAGAACUGGAAAGUGAUGAGAAGAUUCAGUCUUUCUGCACUAAGAGACUUUGGGAUGGGGAAGAAAACGAUUGAAGAAAAGAUCUCUGAAGAAAGUGACUGUUUAGUAGAGACAUUCAAGUCCUAUGGAGGGAAGCCCUUUGAUAACACCUUGAUAUUGAACGCCGCAGCAGCCAACAUCAUUGUGCACAUACUGCUCAACCACCGCUUUGAUUAUCAGGAUCCAACGCUGCUCAAACUUAUAAAAAGCAUCAAUGACAUUGUCAGGAUCACAGGCAGUUCUAUGGUCAUGCUGUAUAACACAUAUCCGUCUAUUAUGCAAUGGAUUCCUGGAAGUCACAAAAGCGUUGUCGAGAACGCCGAAAGAUUAUACGCCUUUCUUAUAGAGACAUUUACCAAACACCGGGAUCAACUGGACAUAGGUGACCAGAGGGACCUCAUUGAUGCAUUCCUAGUCAAGCAACAAGAGGAGAAGUCUUCUUCUACAAAGUUUUUCCACGAUGAAAAUCUGAAAGUCCUUUUAGCCCAUUUAUUUGCUGCUGGAAUGGAGACGACUUCUACUACUCUUCGUUGGGGAUUCCUGUUAAUGAUGAAGUAUCCUGAGGUUCAAAAAAAAGUCCAAGAUGAAAUUGAUAAAGUGAUUGGAUCUGCAGAACCUCGGCUUGACCACCGGAAACACAUGCCUUUUACUGAUGCCGUUAUUCAUGAGAUCCAGAGAUUUGGCAACCUUGUGCCUAAUGGCCUUCCUCAUGCAACUACUAAGGACGUCACUUUCAGGGGCUAUUUCAUUCCAAAGGGAACCCAUGUGAUUCCAGUGCUGACUUCUGUUCUCCAAGAUGAAGCGUAUUUCAAAAAGCCAGAAGAAUUUUACCCUGAACAUUUCCUUAACUCGGAAGGACUUUUUUUGAAAAAUGAGGCCUUCCUUCCCUUCUCUGCAGGUAAAAGAAUUUGUGCUGGAGAGACGUUGGCCAGAAUGGAACUCUUCUUGUUCUUCACCAAGUUACUGCAGAACUUCACAUUCCAACCCCCUCCUGGAGUUGAGGUUGACCUAACCUGUGGCGUUGCAAUUACAUCCAUUCCUCUCGAGCAUGAGAUCUGUGCUUUGCCUCGUAACUAGACAAACUCUUCCCUCAGUAAAAAUAAUCUGAAACUUCUAACUGAAGAAACUAACAUAAUCACAGCUGUUACAGUAUCUAAACAAGAAUUCCUUAAAGGGGUUGUUCACCUUUAAGUUAACUUCUAGUAAGUUAUAAAAAAUGUCUAAUUCUAAGCAACGUUUCAGCUAGCCUUUAAUUAUUUUUUUAAUCGUUUUUGAUUUAUUUGCCUUUUUCUGGCUCUUUUCAGCUUUUAAAUGGGGGUCACUGAUCCCUUCUAAAAACAAAUGCUCUGUAAGCUGCAAAUGUAUAGUUAUUGCUACUUAUUAUUACUCCUCAUUCUAUUCAGGCCUCUCCUAUUCAUAUUCCAGUCUCUUAUUCAAAUCAGUGCAUCACUAGCAACCAGAUUGCUGAAAUUACAAACUGGAGAGCUUAUGAAUAAAAAGCUAAAUAACUCAAAACCCACAAAUAAUUAAAAAUGAAAAACAAAUGGAAAUUGUCUCAGAAUAUCACUCUGUACGUCAUACUAAAAGUGAACAACCCCUUUAAUUUUCUGUUGAUUUUAGCCAGUUACAAGCACUGCUUUUUUAAAUGAGAAGGAAAGGCUAAAACUAAGUAAGCUUUAUCAGAAAGGUCUAUAUAAAUACACCAGUAAACCCUCAAAGUAAUGCUGCUCUGAGUCCUCUGUCAAAAGAAACACCACAUUUCUUUCCUUCUAUUGUGUACUCAUGGGCUUCUGUAUCAGACUUCCUGUUUUCAUCUUAAACCUCCAGGGCUAGGGCUUGAGCAUGCUCAGUUUGCUCCUCUUCCCCCCCAUCUCUGCUGUAAUUUGAGCUAUAAGUGAGCAGGGGGAGACUCAGGCAGGAAGUGAUGUCACACUAAGCUAAUAUGACAGCUGCUAUCCUAAACAAACAGAGAGCUUCUAGAGCUGUUUACUAGAAUGGUAAAACAUUCUACAGAAUAAAUAUAGCAUUCUAGCUUGCACUAUUGCAGAUAAUCUAUUGGCAAUAAAAUACCUCUGUAGCUUUCCUUCUCCUUAAAAUGUUGUUUUUAAAUGUUGUAUAUAUGUGUAUGGGAUUUCUUACAUAGUAGUUGUUUGAUAGUUCUGUUACAGUGCCAUAGAAAAUAAAAUGUUGUUCAAGCCAAUCCACAAAAAGUUCUUGGAAUAAAGUAACUUCUCAAUUUACA